AAACUUCUCGCGCGUGCCGAGCUAACGCCGCCGCUUGAAAGAGCUCAAAGUACAAAAGGUCGAUAGCACUGUUUCUGUUCUGUCCUUAUGUUGCGCUGUGUCGAAUCCUUUGAAAAAUGAACAUUCAUUUCGCAUAAGUGUGAAGUUUGGCAGAUUCUUAGCUUAUUUCGAUAGAACCCAGAUACUGUCGUCAGUGCAAAUCGCCGAUAACUAUCGCGUAAUUUCAACAUAAAACGCUUUACCCCGCCGUACUUAUUUGGGCUAAUAAAUUUCGCUUCACGUUAACUGCGCAAUCUAGUGCACCAUGCCCACGUGACCGUGCCAUAUCCAUUGACCAAAGACGGGAGCCGGUGCUGUCGGAAGACACUCGACGCUCACAGAAUUCACCAUCGCCAUCGGCAUCAAAACGAAAAAAUCAAAACGAAAAGUAUGUCGCCGUAAGCGAUCACGCCGCAGCACGUUCGAAAGCACAUACGAAAGCUGGGACUAUGGCAAGGGCAUUCAGCUGAAGUCAAGUUUUGUUUCUCUCAAGUUCCGUGACGCCAUCCGCGACACACAGUGUCCGAAUUCCCGCAGCCUUCGGGGCGUCGUCGUCAUGUCGGAGGGCCAGAAGAAAGCCGCGAAGCGACUGAUCAAGUGGCGCGACAGCGCUCGCCGUCAACUGUCGAGCGCCUCGUGCAGCGACGAUCUCGCCGACGCCUUGCAAUUCGUCCUCCGCAACGUUGCCAAAACUUUCAAGGCCGCGCUUCUAUCGACCGACGACGACCGGAGAGAACAGUUGUCUCGGGACCUGAGCACCGUCUUGUGCCAGGUUUCGGCUCACCUCUACUUGCGUUCGCGCGAUUUGUUGGUCGCCGACUGCGACGAUGGCAGCGAUCGGAACAGCUCGAGCCGUUUCGACUACUGGGACCACCAGUGCGCGCUUCUCUCGUACUUGUUGGACCUAUCGCUCGUUCGCGACGAGCCCGCGGCGAUCGGCAAGAUCUGCUUCGUCCUGUCCAAGAGCAAGCACAGGGUAUGGGACGUUCUCGUGCAGACGUGGGCGAUCUGCUGCUCGAGCGCACCCGUCCGUCUGGAGCUGCAGCCGCGGCUGUUGGACGUGUUCCGCUGGUUCGCCGCCUACUGCCCGCGCACGUGCGCGAGCGCCGAGCUGUAUUUCAAGUUCGUUGUGUGCGCCGCGUGUCUGGCGAGACGGUUGCCCCAGCGUGGCUGGGAGACUGUCAAGCCCGUCGCCCUCUCCAUCGAACCCGCGGAGUUCGAUUUCGAAGAAUGGUUCGCCUCGCAGCCUGCCUUGGCCGCGCUUCUGCCUCGGUCCGAGGUGCCGAUAUCGCGCCGAAAAGUGAUCGCGCGCCUCUGCAAGAGCGCGUCGGACCCGGCGGAGCUGUUGGAAGCCUGCCGGUCACUGAGCGAGUCCGGCGGUGGUUCCGCUGGCGUCAGGACGACGUGCGACGCCGCGGCGGACGUCGACAUGUUCGUCAUCGUGGACGAGGAGACACAGGCACGAGAGGAGGAGACGAAGACGCCCGAGAUCGAGGAUGAGCAGCUGCAAGCAAUCAUUGAUUCAACACUGAGCCGUCUGCAGUCGACCAUUGCCACACCUCGUGCUAGUGACGCCGAGCCCAAUUCUGAGGCUGUCAGCGAUGCCAGCAACUCCCCGCUGAACACAAAGGCUUUCUUGGACAGGCUUCUCCGUAGCAGUGUUGCUGAUACUGAUGCUAGGGGAGCGUUGAAGAAUGCAGAAGCAUCUGUGAAGAAGCUCGACCACAAGCAACAUGAGUGUGUUGAAGAGGUCAACGACAGCAAAGCAGUGGACGUCGUGGCUACACCGGUGAAAGGUGAUGAGCAUACAAGCAUGGCUCAGGAAGCAACAUCGAAAGAAGAAGGGGUUGUUGCAAUUUGUGCAGACAGCACACCUGCGGCGUCACCUCCGCGAAAAAAAUUUAGGAGACGAAGAAGGGCUCACACAAAGAAGAUUCAUUCCUCAGGCAAGCUGCCCACAUCAAAAGCUGCAGAAGAGUCUUUUACUUUUGCAGCCAGUAUGGAGGACGAAGGUCAGCACGAAACUCCACUUUCUCAAAAGUUCUCACUUCAAAAACAUUCGCAGGAACUGCCUUCGGUUUCAGCUGUGCAGGAUUCAGAUGCUACAACUAUGCCUAUUGGCGACCAAUCUGUAGUGAAGGGAACAGACCAAGGCAGUGUCAUUGACCUUGAAGAAGAUUCAAGUGAGCACCAUGACUACAAAAUGGGCAAUGAGAUAUCAUUGUCGAUGGGCAGAGAGGAGCCUAGAGAAUUUUUGAAUUCACAAGCUGAGCCAAUCGCGAAAGCUCUGAAAGAAACUUCACUACGAAACCACAGAACUGGCAAGGCAGUUUUGUCUGAUAAUGGUGAAGGGCUAGGAGCUUCUUCAUGUUCGGAAGUUGAUUCGACAGUGAAUUCAGGUUUGCUUCCAGGUCAACAAGCUCAGAAGGCGACUAAGUCUCGCAGGCACAGGAUCAUUAAAUCUUUGUCAGAGGAGUCUGGCAGUCGGCAAGAACUGUCCUCGGUUUCAGCUGCGCAACACUUGGAUGCUGCAAUGACUUUUAAUGUUGGCCAGUGUCCAGGGAAGAGCACGGAACAAGUCAGCAUCGGAGACAUUGAAGAGAAAACGCCCAGGCACCACGAUGCCAAAAUUGACAAUCAAAAGUCAUCGAUGAAGGGCAGACAGGGGCACGGCAGACACUUGGAGGAUACCACCGAAACUAUUUCAAGUUCAUCAGAGGAUGGGGCUGCAGAGAAAAACGAUGGACAGCUAAUGCGUGAUGACAUCACUGAAGCUCUUUCAAGUUUGUCAGAUGUUGAGGUUGCAGAACAAAAUGGCAGGCGAUCACUGCAUGAUGAUGAUGAUGCUGAAACUCAAUCAAGUUUGGAUUCAGAGUCUUCUCAGGACAUAUCAUCUUCGAGCUCAGAAUCUGAGGCUUCUGGUGAACACUCAUGCAGCCAAAGCGCAUCUGGCGGUUCAGUCAAAAAGAGAAUAGCUGUUUUGUCUCCAGGUGAGAGACCUUCAGGCACAGCUUCCACUCGUAGUGGGGAAACCUGUAAUGUCCAGGAAAGGCAGAGAAAAAUACUGAGCAAUUUUCCGGAGCCAGAAUAUAAGAAAAGUGCCUUUAAAGGGAAUUGUAAUGUUUCAGCAUCAAGGUAUGCCAAAACAUCUCGAGUACAUUCAGAUUCGGAGUCCAUGUCUCCUGCAAAGCUAGGGAAAAUACAGUGCCAUCCUGCUACGGUUCUUGAGGCUAGAGAUGUCUCACCGAGAAGUGCAAAGACGGCAUAUAGGAGCAGAAUUGUCAGUUCCUCCGAGUCUUCUGAUGAAGAAUGCAGCAUUCAAUGCCCAGUGCUGCAAGAAUCUGUGUCUUCUAAUGAAGAGCGCAGUGUUGAACACUCGGCACAACAAGGAACAGAGUUUUCCAAUGAGGAAUGCAGUGUUGAGGCUAGAGAUGUCACACCGAGAAUUGCGAAGAAGGUAUAUAGGAGCAGAAUUGUCAGUUCCUCCAAGUCUUCUGAUGAAGAAAGCAGCAUUCAACGCUCAGUGCUGCAAGAAUCUGUGUCUUCUGACGAAGAGUGCAGUGUUGAACACUCCGCACAACAAGGAGCAGAGCUUUCCAAUGAGGAAUGCUGUGUUGAGGCUAGAGAUGUCACACCGAGAAUUGCGAAGAAGGUACAUAAAAGCAGAAUUGUCAGUUCCUCCAAGUCUUCUGAUGAAGAAAGCAGCAUUCAACGCCCAGUGCUGCAAGAAUCUGUGUCUUCUGAUGAAGAGCGCAGUGUUGAACACUCGGCACAGCAAGGAGCAGACUUUUCCAACGAAGAAUGCAGUGUUGAGGCUAGAGAUGUCACACCGAAAACUGCAAAGAAGGUACAUAGGAGCAGAAUUGUCAGUUCCUCCGAGUCUUCUGAUGAAGAAUGCAGCGUUGAACGGCCAAUGCUGCAAGAAGCUGUGUCUUCUGACGAAGAGUGCAGUGUUGAACACUCGGCACAACAAGGAGCAGAGUUUUCCAAUGAGGAAUGCUGUGUUGAGGCUAGAGAUGUCGCACCGAGAAUUGCGAAGAAGGUACAUAGGAGCAGAAUUGUCAGUUCCUCCAAGUCUUCUGAUGAAGAAAGCAGCAUUCAACGCCCAGUGCUGCAAGAAUCUGUGUCUUCUGAUGAAGAGCGCAGUGUUGAACACUCGGCACAAGGAGCAGAGUUUUCCAACGAAGAAUGCAGUGUUGAGGCUAGAGAUGUCACACCGAAAACUGCAAAGAAGGCACAUAGGAGCAGAAUUGUCAGUUCCUCCGAGUCUUCUGAUGAAGAAUGCAGCGUUGAACGGCCAAUGCUGCAAGAGUACGAAGAGCACAAUAUUGAACACUCGAUGCAACAAGGAGCAAAGUUUUCCAAUGAAGAAUGCUAUGUUGAACAGUCGGCACAAGAAGCUGAGUCUUCGAAUGAAGAGCACAACAUUGAACACUCAGCACAACAAGAAGCCAAGUCUUCUGACAAAGAGCAUGGUGUUGAAUACUUGCCAAAACAAGAAAGUUACUCUUCCAAUGAAAAGUGCAGUGUUGAGCACUCAGUGCAACAAGAAGCUGAGUCUUCCCAUGAUGAAUGCGAUGAUGAACACCUUUCACAGUCAGAAGUGAGACAGCCCGCCGUGUCUUCAGAAUUGGCCAAUGAAAUCCCAUGUGGGCAGCGGUCACCUGGCGUUUUGUCACUGCAGGACAUGCACAUCUCGCCUUCAGAAAGUGAUGAAGAUGGUCCGCUCUUUCCGGGGCUUAAGGGCACUCAUCUAGCUGCUGAAUCAGAUGCUGAUACCGUGGCGAUACAAUCGAACGAUGAAGGGGUUGCUUUCGGCAGACAACAUGCGGGAAGCCUGUCACAAGCCACAACCGUUUCAGCUUCGUCCCAGAGGCGCUCACCAUCACCUUUUUCGAAGCUGAGAGAAAGAGUGAUGUCUUUUCAAGAAGAUUCUGAUGAUGAAAUAGAUACUAUGGCUUUCGGAGGAAAGGAAGCAUCUUUAGUCGGCAAACACUGUCUCUUUAAGGUGCCGCUCAUGAAGAAGGUGGGCACCCCUACAACCCAACAGGCGGUUAAAUUGAAGCCUCAGGAUGUACGGCACAACAUAGAUGAGAGGAGAUCACCUAAAAAGAGCCAACCUGCCCACAGAAGAGCGCGCUCGCGUAGUUCAGUCUCUUUACAAAGGGAACAGGGAGCAGUGCCUGACAAAGAACAAGGUUCAGAAACUGACUCCUAUAAUGCAGCUGUGGCUACAAAUGGCACAGCCAGUGUAAGCUUGAAUAGUGACACCAUGGGGUCAAGGCACAUGUCAAUGGAGAAGACUAAAGUUCUCAGUCCAGGCAUGAAGCAGGCAGGCAUUUGUAGAAACAGCUCUGGAGCAUCGUUGCCCAAGAAUAAACUAUUGAAGCCAUCCAAAGUUACCAAUACCUCAGAAUCAGAGCAAGAUGAUGCUCCUGAAUCAGACUCUGAUGAAGAUGAAAGAGAUGCGAACACUGCUCUUGAGUCCGGAAAAUGCACAACACAAGGCCCAUCUAAGACAGAGGAACUGGCAAAAGUUGAAACUUCACCUUCGAAUAGAAGGAAACGGGCACCUUGUCCAAAUCUUUUGCCUUUGGAUCCCACCAGGCCAAAAAGAGCAACACUGAUGUUGUCUUCUGAUCACGAUUUUGAUGCUGCAAGUGUCAAUGUGGUUAAGGAGAGUGCAUGCAGUGAGCAUUCACGGCAAAAUGAGGUCAAUGCCAGGCAACUGCAGGAAGCCGAAUCUGAAGCGUCUGCCCAAAGAAAAAGCACACGGAGUUGUGCCAAAAGACUGCCAUUUGGGCAGCAAAAAGAACAAGUUCACAAUUCUGACUCUGGCAACACAUUCAAAGAUAUAUGCGACCAGCCUGUGCCAAGCAGCAAUUUGGCAAAAAGUCCGUCAAAGGGAAAGCAAAAGCACGGUGACCCAGGCGACGGGAAUUCCUCAGCUCCGGAAAAGCCACACACUCCUGCAAAACCUUCCAGUAGUUGUGCGACUCGUGGAAUAGAGGUGUCCGGAAGACGAGACAAUCUAUGUCAUGAUGGAAUCAAAUGUGAUGUUUCUCACAAACGUACAUGUCCCAUGUCACUUACGAAAAAGCCAACGUCAUCUAUGACCAAGCAGAAAUCUGGAAUUGAGGCAGAAGCUACAAGUAAGAGCAGGCAGCUGGCUCCUAGCAGCCUGCGCAUAUGUUCAUUAUCACCAAUUCGUGGCAGGACUCCUUCGUGUGAGGUACAGCAGACAGGGCAGACUGAAUUUGGAGUCCUGACUCGGAGUGCACGCAGGCAACUGUCCUAUGCUAAUGGUAAAACCUCCCUGUCCCAAAAAAGAAUAACAAUGUCUGCAGAGGGACUGGGACCUGAUGUAAAAUCAAAUGCCAUGUCUUGUGGGAAGACAGCUAAAAGUGUGCUAAAUGAAGAUGUAGAACCAGCACCGUUGCAGGCAAAGAGAGCGGUCUUGCAGGAUAGCACAAGGGAUGGCCACUCUGUCAUGAGAAGUGUCACUUCACCUACACAAGCAAAAGAUAAUGCCAUAUCUGAGAAAGAGUUAGAAAAUGGAGACAAAAGAGUAGGCAGUGUAUCUUCAAGGCAUAACACGUUAUCACCAUCUCCAAGACCAACUAAAUUGCCAAUAGUAAAACUAGAUCGUAUGCAGAAUAAUGAAACAGGACCUCUAGCCACUGUUAGCGGCAACAACUUGCCCAGAACACGCUCAGUUUCAGCUUCUUUGCAAGGCAGGGAGGCGGAUGCAUCAAACACCACAUUUGAUGGUCUGAUUACCAGCAAGGGAAGGCAAGUAGGUUCUGACAUGGGUGACACUGCAGCUUUGGCAAGGUCACCAUUAAGAACAGCAUCCAAGCGCAGACGGGUCGUUGAUGCUUGCAUGAACUCGACAUCUGCCCUGGACACUUUUGAAGAUGAUUCAUCUAAGACAAGUGUCUGCCUUAGCGGGCUGACACAGGUGCCUUUGUCACGAAAUCCUCAUGCUUCAGACGACUCUACGAGUUCCGACCAAGAGGGGGGCGACAUUGUUCAUAGCGCCCAGCAGCGAAGACUGUCGUUGCGAAGGCUGCCGUCACGAAGGUUGCCCCAACGUAAUAAGAAGGAGGAUUUCAUUAUUGACGUUGAUGAGGAGGUCCGUUCCCUUUCGGACUCUGAUGAUGAUGAUGAUGAUCCUACCUACGAAGUUGGUGAUGUAAAUCUAGAUGCCAGCAUUGCUCGCUUAAGAAGACUCAAAGUGCCUCUUUAUACACCAGAAAAGGAAGCGCAAUUAAGAACGUCGAGUGCUGCUUCAAGCUACAAAGCGGCAAACAGCAGUGCAAAAAGGAGUGGACGGCUCUCAUUAACUGCAAUACGAGCUUCGCAGUCCGAUAGGAGCCCGAGCUCCCAGUCCAGUCUGUCACCCCCUUUCAGUCCAGUGGCAACUGCGUCCAGCGGUAUUCCAGAGGCACAGAGUCCAGCAUCCAACUUCUGCUUGAGUCAUUCACCUUCCAGGCAUGCUAAAAGUUACGAUAAGCAGAACAGCAUGAUGCCAAGAAGGCGAGCAAUAAAACAUGGACAGAGUUCAUCUGAAAACAAGGACCAUGUGUUGUCAGUGUUGGAAGACCCACAAACUCUCAGCACAACAAACACAGGAAAGUCUCCAGAAAAAAUGCCAGUUCUCAGGCGGUCAACACGUUUAAGUACAAAACAGGAUAUGCCUGCGUUCCUUACUUGUUCAAACCACUCGAAGAGUGGUGAACUUGCGGCGCCGUCACAUUCGAGCCACCUAAACAAGGACUUUGAGGUCGUUGUCCGAGAGCAGACUGUACGCACCUCCAAAAGGAACAAGAGUUUGAAAAUGAGUCCUUCAUCGCAAAUGCAUGUGAAACAUCCUGAUGAAAGGUCGGGCGCAGCUGAAGAGGCAUCGGUGAUAGACGAUGCAUCAAGCUCUGUCUGCUCAACCUGCAAUCGCUGUGUGAAGGCUGCCAGUACUCAGGACAGUGGGACCAUGACUGACGACAGUUACCUUCAUGAUGAAGAUGCUUUUUCGGAUUCACUGAGAUAUUCUAAGCGUAAGAAGGUUGGCUGCAGUGCUUCAGCGUCACAUUCAAAGGCCAGAGCCUCCAGGUCAUCUUGCCGGCACGGUUCAGCAACUCAAGAAGCCAGUGUUCCAACACGGCGCAGCUCACGAACAACUGCAGGCACAUUACGCAGACUGAGUUAUGCUUGAAAUGCUGCUACGUGUGCUGAGAAAAAUUCUAAUGGACAAUGUCUAUUGGAACUGUCAGUGUUACUCAUGUUACUUACUCAGUGUUACCUUGUGGGUGCCAUUCAGAAAGCUGUGCCAUUGAACUGCAUUGUUACAGCUUAUAUCACUAAGAGAUAUACAUAUAUAUGUUAAGUCUUGUGUUAGCGAAGUUCAUAUUGCUUUUUUUUGAGCUGAGUGUAGCAUCAAGUUCAUUCUUGAAGGCAACACAUCUUGAUGCUCUGUUUCGCGAUAGUCAUGUUGUGUGCGAUGCAGUAGUGUACAGUCGAAGGGCAGCUGAUCUCACAGUGUGGUCUUGGACGAACUGUGUACGGGUGUGGUUUACCAGGCUUGUUGUAGGUGUCAUGCACUCAUUGUUAUGUAGAAUAUUCACCUCAGUACAUUAAUAGAAUUGUUGUAGGCAUAAGUACUAAGCAAACACCUUGUUAAUGAUCUUGUAGGAUUGAGAUUUCAUUGCAUUUAGUUAUUUCAUCACUUAGCUUCUAGACUCGUGGAAUUGUUUGAAAAGCAGUGUUAAUGUCUUGAGCACCAAAAUACAUUGAAAAUGCAGUGUACGAAAAAGAAGGUAGUUUUUUCAGGAAUUAGAAAAAGGUUAUUCAUAACUUAUUGAAAAUCAUCGUGUGCCACUGCCUUUGUGGAAAUUAAACAUGAACGGUCAUAGUCAUGAUCUUAGAUCCACUAAGAGGAAAGGCUUUCACUGUCUGAUGAAUGCACAUGCUUAUGUUUAUUUGUCUUGGCAAAGUGCUGUCUGGGGGCAUAGUUAAGUAAACUUACCACCAAAAGGAAAACUUCACCUGUUGAGAACAAAGCACUUAGGUGUGAAGAGGCAAAGCAAAUAAAUUGUCACAUGUACAGGGUGUGCUACUGUCCGCGUAAAUGUGUGUAUCUGUGCUUGUAUUGUGUGCUGUGCAAGCUGCUCAUGUCCAUGCCACGUCAUCUAAUAUCGAGGUGAUGUGUAAAGCCAUUGGAUACACAACUGCAAAGCACAUAAAUUCUUGCACAUAGGCAAGGUGGUCUUCUGUUAUCUUCAACAGGCAUUUCUGCUUACACAGCGUGCUGUGUGAGCUGCGCUUGGCUCUGCCUUGUCUGCUACAGGGGCGGGUGCUUUACAAUUUGCGACAAAGAAAAUUUUGCUCAAUCGAAGCACGAGAGCAAUAGUUCGCGGUCAAAGUGAAUUUGCUCUAAAUUCCCAUGAGCUGACAAGAUUAUCAGCAUUUGAAGCGAACAAGGAGAUUUUUCUCCUGUCUGCUCAAGGUGUCCGCACCUCUGAAACAUAUGACAACAAUUUUGUUGGUUGCACUAGUCCUGCUCAUUGCCUCACUGCAUUAGUGCAGUGCACCGAAUAUGCUUUUUUGGCACCUUGGCUGGCAUGGCAAGCAGCAGCCAUGAACUCAAUUAUUCAUGCUAACAGUAGAGCACCCUGUAUAACUGAGCAUGCCAGUUGCACUCAAACUAUUUGAGCUAGUUAUAAGGGGAAAAAGUUCAGUUACCGAGCAACUUCUGGGGCUGUUUCUGUUCAACUUUUGAUGUAUAGGCUUAAGGAGGUUCAUCUGUAAAAGAGUGACUGUUUUUGUCCAAGCUACUGCUUUUUAUAUUGAUGCUUUUAUAAAAAGUGCUUUCUGCAACUUGUUGCAGGGAAUGUGUCAUUCCUUGGGUUGCAGCCAAUUUCUUGUCUUAGGCUUACAUUGAGAUUCAUUGAUGCUUUAAUGUUGGUUAGCAUUGUGGUACUUUCAACGGAAAGUCGAAAGUCACAAAGGCGCAUUGAUUUGUAUUCACUACAGCUAAAAAAUUUUGAAACUUAAAAUUUUUUUUUUUUACUUUGUUGUUGGGACACCUUUGUUGAGAUGAUGGUAUAUGCUACAUGUGUCAAAUGUUCUGUUGGUAGAGUACAUAUUGUUUAUGCCACAUUUUGCUUUCAGAGAUUGAAUAGCAAUCUAAAGCUUUCCACUAUUGCAAGGACAGCUUUGAUGACAUAGAUGUUUAUGCAAUGUGCUUUCUUAUGUGCACUUUCUAAACUGUCAUUUUCUGUGAUCAUGUGUUCGGUAUUGAGGUUAAGGUUGUUCAUUUCAGAGAGUCAUAUAGGGAGUGUGCAUUUUUGGUAUGUCAUAUUGUUCAUCGUCCACUCCUGUCAUCCAUGCAUCAAGGGCUGCGUGAUGGUUUAUCCCCUUAAAGUUUUAUGGGGCAAGGUUUGCAAGAAUUUAAUAAAACUGAACUCCACGGAAAUUCUUGGAAGUUUGGCUACUUGUUGCUAUCUUUUAUAAUCCCUCUGUAGUUUGGCCAUGUGAGCGUUGAGCAAGGUCAUUAUGCAUAUAAUAGAGUUUGAGGGUCUCUUUAAUGCUUUGCAACUUUUAAAUUAAAACUGUGACAAUUAAUUCUUGCGGCACUAAUGCAUAGUCAAAGUGUAAAAGGUGUUCGUUUCAUUGGAAGCUGUAGGUCCAGGUUUUAGAAGAAUAAGUAUGACAACACUAACAGUGCAACAGUCAUCCUUAUGAAACCAUCGCAGGCAUGCCGAGCAAACUUUCAUCAUUCAUUUUCAAUAAUAACGGCAAUCUGCUGAUCUGUCUUUGUGCACAAGUGACAUGAGCCACCUGCGUGUGGCAUCCAUCAAGGAUUCACCUGUGCUGCCUCUGGCUUGGAGAUUUAAAGCCACUUUGCUAUCCUGCACAUUUUAUAUUUUCUUUGCUACAAGCAGCAAGAGGUACAUGUGAGCAUUGGCCAUUCUGCGUGAUCUCUGUGCAACAAAGCAGUGUAGCUGCUGCCGACAUUUCAAGCAUGUGGGGCCUGUCAUUCUUUGUUGCAUCCGCUGAAUCAACAGAAGUUGCACUGGCUUGCUUUCACAGAAAAGGCUGAGGUAUGCAACGGUGGCAUUAAUUUUUCCUUAUCACAGCAAGGUGGGCAUGUACAAUCAGAGUGAAAGGCAGCCUUUUGAGUACAAUAUGUUGUUGAAAGGGAUUGAUUUGUCUGUUGUUACAUCUGCGUCUGUUCUGUUGCACAAUAAUACUUCAGUAAUGGAUUA